AUGCAGGGAGACGGCGGUUCAAGCAGGCACGCCGGCGGCAGCAGGGUCCUCGACAGCAGCAGCCUGCAGUGGGUCGACCUGCGCCUCCUGCCGCUGCGGCUCACGAUCGACCAGGAUGCCGUGCAGUUCAUCCUGGAUUUCGUGCAGCUGUGCGCGCUGCCGACGUACGUCGAGGAGGAGCCCCACGAGGAGUUAUCCGAGCAGCAACAAGUGUGUUUUGGGUUCGGUGUCCAGCUGCACCGCUCGGACGCAGGGACCGCCAUGGAGCCGCCUGCUAGCCUCAGCAGGGCCCUCUUCGUGUUAUGCAGUGGCAGGAGUGGGCUUCCAGAUAUCACUAUGCAGCUCAGCGCUCGCCAGGGCCGCGAGGACCGCGCGGGCUGCGCCCCCGCGGCGGCGCCGCCCGCGCACCCCGACGCCUGCAAGAAGCGCCCGCUUCAGGCCCCGGAUGCGCAGGUGACGCACGAGAAGGCGCCAGUGCCGCUGGCAGCGGCGGAGCCGCCCGCGAAGCAGGCGAAGGUCCCCGAGCACGAGCAGCUGGAUGGCUGGCAGGUGGUUCUCGGCGAGAGAGCCGCGGCUAUCCGCAACCCCAUCCGCGAGAUCAUGGAUACGGUGGCGGGCCAGGAGAACCCGAGCAAGGCCGUCAUCUCCCUGGCGCAGGGUGACCCCUCGGCCUACCCGCACCUCCGGCCCAGCAAGCACAUGGUGGAUGCUGUGGUGGCGGCGGUCACCGGCGGGCAGGACAACGGGUACCAGCCCAGCCAGGGCAACGCGCGCUGCCGCGCCGCCGUGGCGCAGGCCUUCAGCGCGAAGGGGCGCCAGCCUCUUACCGCUGCAGACGUGUUCAUGUCCAUGGGGUGCUCCGAGGCCCUAUCGCACUGCAUCGCCGCCCUUGCUGGCGGUCCAGGCGGCAACAUGCUGCUGCCGCGUCCUGGUUUCCCACUGUACGACGUGCUCUGCCAGUACCAGGGGGUCGAGAUCCGCUUUUACGAUCUCCUUCCAGACCAUAACUGGGAAAUCGACGUGAAGAGUUUGGAUGGGCUCGUUGACAAGAACACUCGGGCGAUCAUCAUCAACAACCCGUCCAACCCAUGCGGGGCGGUGUACUCUCGUGCACAUUUGACAUCGGUGCUGGCCGCGUGCGACAGGCUCCGCCUCCCUGUGAUCGCGGACGAGGUGUACGCGGGCAUGAGCUUCAGCGAGCCCUACGUCCAGUGCGCCGAGGUAACCUCCAGCGUCCCGGUGCUGUCGGCGGUGUGGGCGCCGCGCUGUCACUUACACGCCGCAGAGGCUUGGCGGUAA